AUGAGUCUUCUAUUUGACUAGAAAAACAAGUAUGUUCUUUUUGGAAUCAUAUUUUAUAGACCUAAUUACGCCUGUAAUAUAGGGCCUAGAUUAAGAGAUGCGAGUUUACAAUCUAAUAAAACAGUAAUGAAUCUCAAAGAGGAGAGCCCUAUCCUUAUUGAAAGUCAAAUUUCUAAUGAUCAUCCUGGGUUUAGCAAUAAAAUUUGGAAGGCAAAAGCCUUGGAGAUCUUGAUGUUAACUCUUAGGUUCAUAAGCUUUAUCACAAAAUCGAACUUUGCUACCAGUUUUAAAUUAAUCAACAAAAAUGUUUUUGAAAUAAUAGGCGAUGUGUCAGCUGACUUUUCAUAUUACUUAUUAAAAAAUUUCUUUAAAUACGAAAAACCCACAGGAUUUUAAAAAGUAAAGCACUUUCUGAAUUAAAAUAUAUUGGUUCCAAUACGUAGAACUAAAAUGCUGAAGAUCUACUGUUGGAAUCAGAAACUAAUAAUGAGACCUGAGUCCUUGGCUUCAAUUUGGUGGAAUAUAUACAUACUCACCAUAUUGAAUAUUAACGUACUUUACGUAUCAGCCAAAAUUGCAUUCAAAUUCGAUGAGCACUCCAAUGAUGUUUUUUAUUAGGCCAGAUAGAUUAUGUUCGAUGUUUUACCAUCUUAUUCAUUUAUGCUUGAAAUCAUUUUGAAAUUCAAUACUUGUUAUUACUAUAAAGGAGCAGUAAUUGAAAAUCGAUAUCAAAUUGCAAAAAACUAUUUGCAAUCAUCAUUCUUCUUUGACAUAUUUGUGGUGAUCCCCUACUUUAUAAGUCUACGAUUCAAUUUGGAAUACUUGGAUCUAGUUAUAAUUUUGAAAGUGUUUUAAAUAACCAAAUUUUCAAGAACCCUUUUCGAUAGAUUAGAAUUGACAGCAAUUUAAAUUGUUAUAGUAGACAUAGUCAAAUUAGUAUACACAAUUUUAGCAGCAGCUCAUUUUUCAGCCUGCAUUUGGUUUUUAGUUGGAUCUACUGGGAAUCCCAAUGAAGUAUCUUGGGUCAAGGCUUAGAAUAUAGAAAAUGAAGACUGGUUUAAUCAAUAUUUGCAUUCUUUUUACUGGAGUAUCAUUACAAUGACUACCAUCGGUUAUGGUGAUAUUACUCCAUAGAAUCUGAGAGAAAGAGUAUUUGCAGUAGGAAUGGCUUUAUCGGCAGUGGGAGUUUUUGGUUACUCCAUUGGCAAUAUCAAUUCAAUCUAUGCUGAAUGGAGCAGAUAAAGCUUUUAGAUUAGAACUGAUAUGAAUAACCUUAAAAAGUUUAUUAGGAUUAAGGGGAUAAAUAAACAUUUGGCUGAGAAAAUAAGAAAGUAUUUUGAAUACGUUUGGAGUGAUCAAAUGGAAGAUAAUGAUAGAGAAGUUUACAAAUUUAGUGAAUUGAUUCCAAAAUAAUUGGCUGAAGAAAUGAAAAUAGAUACUAAUAUGAAAUUGAUAUCGAAGAAUAGUUUCCUUGUGAACAAUUUCAGCGAAGCAUUUUUGAUUUCCUUAUCAAAAGCAAUGGUGGAAGAGAAAUUUGUACCCGAAUCAAUCAUAUAUAAAUAAAAUGACCCUAGUUAAUAUCUCUAUAUUUUAUCUAAUGGUGAUCUCUCAUUUUAUAUCACAUUGAAAAACAAAUAAUAAACGAUAAAGGUGUUGGAAACAGUAAAACAUGAAGGAUAAGCUUUUGGUGUUUUGGAAUUCUUUUAAUCUUAAGCUUAUUAAAUGUCAUGUAAAUCCAACUAAUUUUCCUAUGUAUUAAAGAUUGAAAGGUCUCAAUUUAUAGAAUUAGCAUCUUAACAUCAAAAUGAUUAUUAUAAAUACUGUGAAUUGGUUCAAUAGAUCUCAUUUAUGAACAGGUAAGAAUUAGUCGAUGUUACAUGUAGAGCCUGCAAUAAAUCAACACAUGUUAUUCUUGAAUGCCCUAUGGUAUGUGGUUAUCCAAAUCGAUCCAAAGUAUUGCUAAAUUAUCGAAGAUAUAUUCCUUCUGAUAGAGUUAAAUAUGUGAGAAAAUUGGAACCAAAAAUUCAAACAAGAAGAGAAUCAUCAGACAUUCAAAACAGUAUCUAUCUGUAUAUGUGCAAAACAUAAAUAUUGUAGGAUUAAAUUGAGGAGUAAAAUAAUAUUGCUGAAAGUGGAGAUGGGACCAGUUGUAUUGACGAUGCUGACGACUAAAUUCUUGAAUAUUCUUCUAAAUUAAAUAAAGAUGUCUAAAGAAAUUCAUUGCUUAAUCCAUCAUUUUUAUAGUAAUCAAAAUGUUAGCUGAAGAGGAAGCUAUCAUUUUAAGCUUGCACAGAUGCAUUAAAGGAUGAUGAAAUUCGAGAUAAAAUCUUAGAAAUAAUUAAUAAGAUUUAGAGAGCAGAAAGAUCUAAUAAAUAUUUAAGUCGCUUCAAUCAAGGACCCUAACAAUUGUAACCGAAUUUUAGAUUCUAAAACCCAUAAAACACUAUACUUAGUAAUAAGAGCAUUUAAGAUUCGGAUAAGAAAAUUGUCGAAAGAGGAGACCAAUAGAAAUUAACCAAAUAAGUAGGGCCUCAAAUAAAAGUUAAUGAGUACUCGAUUGAUCACAUAUAUACAAAUAAGACUUUAGAUGAAGAUCCAGGGAAAAGGUUAUGGUAGUAUUCAGACAUUUUUGAAGGGUUUGAGAAAGUUAGGAAUUUCGAAUAUUUUCUGAGGCAUAAUAAUGCUAAUGAAAUUGCUCGAUUAUUUAGGAUUAUGACUAAAAAUCAUAGGAAACAUAAAUAAAAUAAAUGA